AUGGCAGCCUCCAGCGUCAACCCGCUCAUGUCGAGCCAGAAGUCCUCGGAACUCCAGGCUGUCCUCCACCCCCUCGUACUCCUCACCAUAUCCGAUUACAUUACGCGCCAUACCCUCCGCUCGCAGCCGGGUCCCAUUGUCGGCGCCCUGCUAGGCCAACAGAACGGUCGGGAGAUUACCAUCGAGCAUGCGUUUGACUGCCACACGAAGCAAGCACCAGAGGUAGAAGGCGGCUACCUGCUGGACUCUGAGCGCUUCACGGCGAGGCUAGAACAGAUGAAGACAGUCCACAAGGACCGCAGCCUCGACCUCGUCGGCUGGUACACCCUCCUCGCCACUGAUGGCCCGACACCCACCAUCCUCCCGAUUCACCACCAGCUCCUCUCCGAUUUUAACGAGUCUGCUCUGUUCCUCGGCUUCCACCCAGAGGAAGUCUUUAGCCAUACCGUUGGUGGCAAGCUUCCCAUGUCCAUCUAUGAGUCAAACUACGAGGUCGACGACCCGCGCGCAGCCGAGGCCGAUGGCGAGGACAAGAAGAUGGACGACGGCGAGUCCAAGCUCAAGCUCCGCUUCCGCGAGCUACCCUAUACGGUUGAGACGGGCGAGGCCGAGAUGAUCAGCAUGGACCACGUCGCCCGCGGUGCCGGCAAUGCCACCGCCAUCGAGUCCUCCAAAGAAACCUCGGCCAAGCCCAAGGUCCAGCUAGUCGAGACGGGAGGAAAGCGCCGCGUCGUCGUGGCGGACGAGUCGGGUGAAGAGAGCAUUUCCGAGGCUCAGUUGUCGCCAGAGGAGGAGGAGAUGGUUGCCGCCUUGACGGCCAAGGCGAACGCCGUCAAGAUGCUGCAGGGCCGCAUCCGCCUCAUUACCACCUACCUCGAGCACUUGCCAUCCGAGUACCUCCCCGGCCUAGAGCAGUCCGCCGUCGCCUCCGCUAGCGGUGCGCAGACGACACCCUCGCACACGAUCCUUCGCCAGAUUCAGGCCCUCGUCAACCGACUUGACCUUGUUGUUCCCUCUGACGUGGACGCCUUUGAGAAGGAGGUGCUCUGCGAGGAGAACGAUGUGGCCAUUACCUCGCGUCUUAAUGACCUUAUGCAGAGCAUCAGCGGCAUGCGGGACCUGGGCAAGAAGUUUGGUAUCGCUGAGACCGCCCGAAGUCGGACUCGCGGAGCAGCGCCGGCUGAUUUUACCGCUUACGGACCUUCCAGCUUCAAUCUCCCCGGCGCAGGCGACAUCAUGAUGUAA